AUGUCUCUUAAAGUUGCUAUUGUCGGCGCUGGGCUCAUCGGCCCCCGCCAUGCGCACUCGGUCAUCUCCAACUCGGCCACCGAGUUGGUUGCUCUCGUCGACCCAGCUCCCACCGGCGAAGCCACAGCCGCCAUGUUAAAUACAAACUUCUAUCCUUCCGUGGCUGCACUCCUGAGCUCAUCGCACCGACCAGAUGCCGCAAUCGUGUGCACCCCAAACCACACGCAUGUCCCACUUGCAAAGGAGCUGCUAGCCGGCGGUAUCCACGUCCUCCUGGAGAAGCCUGUAAGCGACAGCCUAGAAAGCGGCCGCUCCCUCCUCGAGUUCGCGCGAGCCCCAGAACACGCCCACCUCAAGCUCCUAGUCGGUCACCACCGCCGCUUUAACCCUUAUGUGCGAGCCACGAAGGCCGUGCUGGAGGCAGGCUCGCUGGGCCAGCUGAUCGCCGUGAACGGGCUCUGGACCCUGUAUAAGCCAGAUUCAUACUUCGCCGCGCCGACGGACUGGCGCGCGUCCGGGGCCCGCGGCGGCGGCGUCAUCCCUAUCAACCUCGUGCACGACAUCGACCUGAUGCACCACCUCUUCGGCCCGAUCGUCCGCGUGCAGGCUGAAAAGACCCUGCCGCAACGGCUCAGCCCGCCCCACGACGCAGAUGAGGGUGUCGCGUUGACCAUGCGCUUUGCAUCUGGCGUCGUGGGCACCUUCCUGGUCUGCGAUGCGACACCUUCCGCGCACAAUUUCGAGUCCGGCACGGGCGAAAACCCCAUGAUUCCACGUGCGCAGGAGGCAUAUGACUUCUACCGUAUCUUUGGGUCUGAUGCGUCCUUGAGCGUGCCGGAUUUGACCCGCUGGAGUUACGGACAGGCCGAGAAGAGCUGGUCGAAUCCGCUGGUUGCAGAGAAAAUCCCUCUGCCAGAUGAGUCGGUGCCUUUCGAUCUGCAGCUGGCGCACUUUGUGGACGUUAUCCGCGGCGAUGCAAAGCCCAGUUGCUCCGGUGAUGAAGGGCUGCGGGCGUUGAUUGUGUGCAAGGCGGUUCAGACGGCCAUGCACACUGGCCAGCCGGUGGACAUUCCUGUUGAUCCGCUGGCGCAAUGA